AUGCCCGCAGCCUGUGCCCUGAGAGGCAUCUAUACUUGCCAUAAGUUGGCCCAUCCUUCCCUCGCCUUCUCCCGCAUCUCGACCUGCCAGAAGAGUAUCCGCCCCACCGUUCGCGUCUUCACCACCUCACCAUGGCGCCAAAAAGACGACACCGCCGUCAAGACUGCUCAGCAGGAGACCAAGGUCUCGCCUGCGGAGCCUACCAAGUCUCCCACCGUUAAGAAAGAGAGGGUCGACCCGCUCCUAGCAGAGCAGACUGUUUCCAACAAGGAACAGCGCAAGGCAGAUUGGGCUAUCAUCAAGGACAUGGCCCAUUACCUAUGGCCCAAAGAUGACUUCGGUACUCGUUUCAGAGUCGGUUUGUCUGUCGCUCUCCUUGUAGGCGCAAAGGUUUUGAACGUCCAAGUUCCUUUCUAUUUCAAGUCCAUUGUAGAUUCCAUGAACAUAGACUUUGCUGCAGUCGGUGGCACUGUUGUUACCGUCGCUGGCGCUACUAUUUUUGCCUCUCUUGAGAUCUCUUUGGUCUGCGGUAUUCUUACAUGGCAAUAUGGCUUCAAAUUUGCUCUCAUCACGGCGGCCACCAUGGUCGGCUAUUCAGCUUUCACAAUCUUGACAACAUCAUGGAGAACCAAGUUCCGUAAGGCUGCCAACGCCGCUGAUAACAAGGGCGCCACGGUUGCAGUAGACUCGCUGAUCAACUACGAGACUGUCAAGUACUUCAACAAUGAACGUUACGAAGUUGGCAGAUAUGACGCCGCGCUAAAGAACUACCAGGAUGCAUCUAUCAAAGUUGCCACGUCGUUGGCAUUCCUGAACAGUGGACAAAACCUCAUCUUUUCCAGCGCUCUGACUGCCAUGAUGUACUACGGUGCUGAUGGCGUCGCCACUGGUCAACUGACUGUUGGUGAUCUGGUCAUGAUCAACCAGCUCGUCUUUCAGCUUUCAGUCCCUCUUAACUUCCUUGGCUCUGUAUACCGUGAACUCAGACAGAGUUUGCUGGAUAUGGAGACAUUGUUCAACCUCCAGAAGGUCAAUGUGGCUAUCAAGGAACCUGAGAAUGCAAAGCCUCUUAUGCUUACCGGCGGAGGUAUCAAGUUCGAGAAUGUCUCGUUUGGCUACCGCCUUGACAGACCAAUCCUGCGCAACCUCAACCUUGAGAUUCCUGCUGGCAAGAAGAUUGCCAUCGUCGGUCCUAGUGGAUGUGGUAAAUCUACCAUUCUUCGUCUGCUCUUCCGCUCCUACGAUGUUCAGGGUGGCAGGAUCUUGAUUGACGGACAAGACAUCCGUGACGUUCAGAUUGAGAGUCUCCGUAAGGCAAUUGGUGUUGUCCCGCAAGACACACCUCUGUUUAACGAUACCAUUGAGCACAAUCUGAAGUACGGUGACCUUGAGGCUUCUCCUGAGAAGGUUGAAGCUGCUGCCAAGCGUGCGAAGGUCCACGAUAUCAUCCAGAAGUUCCCUGACAAGUACGCCACUAUGGUCGGUGAGCGUGGCAUGAUGAUCUCGGGUGGUGAGAAGCAACGUCUGGCCAUCGCUCGUCUGCUGUUGAAAGACCCACCGUUCCUGUUCUUCGACGAAGCAACCUCGGCCCUCGACACACAUACAGAACAAGCACUUCUUGGCAAUAUUAACAGUAUUCUCAAGGAGAAGGCACGAACAAGUAUUUUCGUUGCUCACAGGCUCCGCACUAUUUACGACUCCGACAUCAUUAUCGUCUUGAAGGAUGGCGUUGUAGCAGAAAUGGGCACACAUGAACGACUUGUCGACAGUGGAGGUGUGUACUCGGAGCUGUGGAGUGCACAGGAGAUGUUGUUCAUCGAUGAAGAACAAGAGAAGUCUGAGGAGAAGAAGAAGCAGGAUAGAAAGAGGGCGUAG